CGCACGAGGGUUUGAGUUGAAAGUUUCAGCUUUGUUCUAUUUGGUGCUAUAAAACAAAUCCCCAAGACAAUGCUUGCUCUAAGGUAUACAUUUAUGCACAGUUUUAAAACACUCCAGUCUAAACAGGCAAGGAAUUUUAGAUUGGGGAGAACAUGCUUAGGAUCUGUGGAGCUGAAAGGGUGCAGUUUUCUGACGCUUAAAGACUUCAACCCAGAUGAGAUCAGACACAUCCUGAGGGUGUCUGCUGACCUGAAGCAUCGGAUCAAGCAUGAAGGACAGUAUCUUCCAAUCCUUCAAGGCAAAUCUAUUGCCAUGAUAUUUGAGAAGAGAAGCACAAGGACCCGCAUGUCCACUGAAACAGGGUUUGCUCUGUUGGGUGGACACCCAUGUUUCCUCACCCCUCAGGAUAUUCACCUGGGUGUAAAUGAGAGCACAAAAGACACAGCCAGAGUGCUCUCGAGCAUGACUGAUAUUGUGUUAGCCCGAGUGUACAGUCACUCAACUUUGCAGCAGUUGGAUAAGGAAGCAUCAGUACCGAUCAUCAACGGCCUCUCUGAUCUUUACCAUCCUAUACAGAUACUAGCUGAUCUACUCACACUGCAGGAACAUUAUGGGUCCUUGAAGGGCCUGACAGUGUCAUGGAUAGGUGAUGGUAACAAUGUCCUCCAUUCCUUCAUGAUGUCAUUGGCCAAAUUGGGUGUCAAUCUGAGAAUAGCCACCCCAAAGGGUUAUGAGCCAGAUGAUAACGUCACUAAGGAGGCACUGCGUCUUUCUAAACAGUUUGGGACAGAGUUGCACUUUUUUACAGAGCCAAUAGAGGCAGCUCGGGGCAGCAAUGUGCUGGUGACAGACACAUGGAUUAGCAUGGGCCAGGAAGAUGAAAAGAAAAAGAGGCUAAAUGACUUCCAUGGCUACCAGAUCACCAUGCAGACAGGAAGUGUUGCAGCGCCAGAUUGGACUUUCUUGCACUGUCUACCACGAAAGUCAGAAGAAGUGGACGAUGAGGUUUUCUACUCACCACGCUCACUGGUGUUUCCUGAAGCUGAAAACCGCAAAUGGACCAUUAUGGGGUUGAUUGUAUGUAUCCUGACUGACUACAGUCCUCAGAUCCCCAAACUGAAACUGUAAUGUUUCACAACUGAACUCCAGAGCAUGUAACACACAAGUCUUUCAAUAAAUCAAUCUUCCUUCAUUAGUUUAUCUUGAGUAGUCACCUUAUCCUGUUCAAGGUCAUCGUCCGAGCAGAAGGCUAUCCCACAAAUACUAGGUACAAGCCAAUAAUACACCUGGGAUAGGAGCCCACUCCAUUGCAAAGCAUAUGAAAAACACGCUUAUUCACAUCUCACAGGCAAUAAAGAGUAGCCAUGUCUCUUUCACUUCAAUGUUUAGACAAUUUCAUCAGUUUGUUUAACAUUACUUACUAGAUUUAUGGAUUUAGAGUUGAAAGAACAGCUCCACUGUGUGGCAGGUUAAACCUGGAAAGCUGCUUGUGGAUUAAUUCACGCGGUAACCUACAGGGGGCAAAAUCAGCAUGUGUAAAAACUGGGCAAAUUAAAUUAUAUCACAUUUGCUU